AUGGAGAAAAUCAAACAUGCGGCGGCGCAGACGAAAGUCGUCGUCAAGCUGCCGACGAAAUGGGCCCAAAGUUAUUCAAACUUCAUCACACAGAACUCCUCAGCAGUUGGUCAGGUGGAAGGCGCGUUGCGCUCAGUAACAUAUCUCAUUCCUGGAGGGCUUCGCAUGUCCGACAUAUCCACCGAGGCUCUCAAUUCCGGAGUACAGUUGCUUUCGCUAUACCACGACAACCUCCUCUCCCGAGCCCUGGCACAUUCCCUAAAGUCCGCACCACGACAUCAGACUCCGCACAACCGCUACACGAGAUUUUAUUGCCAGAAGAGCCCGCUGUACCGACGAACAGCGACUUCAUUGCAAGUGAUACAAUACACCGAGCUUCUACUGGAAAUGAUGGCAAAACGAAGCGGAGACAGGUCGAGAUGGAGGGUAGUGGUGCUGCUGGAGGCUAUGAAGGCGCUUUGUCGAUUGAUACUCAUGCGUCUAACCAACUCAAGACCUUUGUUGACUCCGCCACUUCCGGAGCGUGAAGUGGUGGUGGAGGAGAAGGAAGCGCCCGAAGACGAGACCUUGACGAGCCCGCCAUCCGAGAGAUCAGAGGCUGGCAGCGAGCAGUGGACGAUGCCCAGGACCUCAUUAACCCUGCCCCCUCUUCCAAAUCCAGACGACAUCUCUUCGUAUCUUUUAUCCAAGGUUCUCACGGCCGAUGACAUUAAGCCACCAAAGGCACUGGUACAUCAAACAUCGGGACUGGGAGAGCUGGCCGAAGUAAUGUUCAUCCUACGACCAGCCAUAUAUGCUGCCGCGAUGGCGUACUGGUGUCAAAGGGAGGGCGGCCGUGGGAAGGCGGACUGGAGACCGUGGUUGCUCGGCCUGAGCAUCGAAUAUGGCGCUCGGCAACUCGCAAAGACGGAUCUCGAGACACGGCGCCCUGGCGGUGCUCGUGGCCUGACGCAACUGGAGCGUGACGAGAUCAAGAAGCGCGGAUGGUCUCUAGCAUGGUGGGGAAUGCGUGGCGCCUUCUACGAAAAUGUCACGCAAGGAAUGAUCCGCGGCGUGGCAUCCAAACUGAAGAACAAGCCGCUGCUGGACAUGGUUGGGAACUUUGUGGAGGAUUACGACUUCUUGUGGGAUCAGUUUUAUUUUUCUACUGUUACUUUGUGA